AUGGCAGUUGGCAUUGAUGGUCAUUUCAUUACAGUAAAAAUAACGACUAACAUUGUAAAUAAGAAAGAUGUAGCUAAUUCUAGCAAACUGCUUUUUACAAUAUACAUGUCAGGAACAGGUGACAAAGAUAACAUCAGUUUGUCUGAAAAGAAGGAGUUUGACGUUAACUGCUCUGAUGGAUCGUCAAUAUCCUUUGUGAACUGGUGUGAUAAAAAUUUCGACUGCUUAGACUAUACGGAUGAAUUGUCAUGUUUGAACAAAAUUAAAGAUCACAAUCUCUCAAAACAUACAACUACGGAUACAAUGAUAAACUCUGAUUUACCCCGCCGACACAAUUCCGGGGCUUAUUUCCGCUGUAAACAUAGCAGAGAGUGGAUAUCUAUGUUAGCUAAAUGUGAUGAUAUCAUUGAUUGUCUUGAUGCGUCGGACGAAGUCAGGUGUUUGCAUGACAAUAUUGAAUGUAACGAAGACGAGUUUUCUUGUGACAACGGAAACUGUAUUAAACUGAGUCGAGUGUGCGACUUCAAACCGGACUGUGUGGAUGGCAAAGAUGAAUUGUGUGAUUACCCAACGUGUGAUGAUGAAACUGAGUUUCGUUGUGAAAAUAGACAAUGUAUUCCAGCAGUCAAUCGAUGUAACGCUGAAUACGACUGUUUCGACAAAAGCGAUGAAACAGAUUGUGACUUCUGUGAGGAAUCGUUUCUUUGUGCUGCUGAUUACAAAUGUAUUCUACAUCGACUGACGUGCGAUCGCUAUCCGGACUGUAGGGAUGGCGGUGACGAAGUAUUUUGCCAAAGUAAUUCUCCAACUUCUGAUGACUUCAGCAGUAAAUACCUUUCGUCAAAUGGCAUUAUUACAGGGACCAUAGUUAAGAUUAUCUAA